AUGACUAUGAUAUUUAUUCAUAUUGAUGAUGAAAUACCAAUAGAGCUAUUAUCUGAUGAAGAAAUUAUUGCUGCAAUAAUUUCAAGACCUGAAAAUGAUGACAUAGAAGAGGACGAUGAAUUAGAAACAAAUAUUAGUAUUUCUAAUAAAGAAGCUUUGAGUAGUUUAGAGAAAGUGGUUCAGUAUUUUAAAAAUCUACCUGAUAAUAUUUUGGUUGAUUAUACAGAGUUAAAAACUCUUUAUGCUUUAAAAUCAAAAAUUAAUAAGCAAAUUCAAGAUAAUGCAAAACAAACCACAUUAGAUAAUACUAGUAUGUUAAUACAGAGAUGUCUCAGCAUAGAGUAUCUUAACUUUGCUGGUGUUAUGGCUUUCCAUAAUGAUGCAUUAAUUGUGGCUAUCAUCAGAACAUCUCCAAAUUUAAGACAUUUAGAGAUCGGUUAUAAUGAUAUUGGUGAUGAGGUUACUGAAACACUGGCUCAUACUUGUCAUAAAUUAGAACAUCUCGAGCUAAGUGGUUGUUCAUUUGUCAGCGAACUAUCAAUUUGUAAUCAAAAAGCCAUAAACCAGCUAAAUCCAAAUAUAAAUAUCGAAAAUUUUGAUAAAGAAUACUAUUCUGAUUCAGAAUCUUUUAGCUUUGAAACUGAAUCAGAGUCUGAAUAA